AUGGGCGAAAUUACGAUCCCUCGACAAAUGUUCCUAUGGAGCGUCGCUUCAAUAUAUAUGUGCGCUUUUGCAUCCCUCUAUAUCCAAAUUCCAGGUUUGUUUGGAGAUAAUGGCGUUGUGCCAGUGAGAUCGAUUAUGCCAAGGAUGGAAAAGCCUCUUCUGGAGCAGCUGCAGGAAAUGCCCACCCUGCUGUGGCUGGCACCCUAUCUUGGUCUGGAACUACAACAGGGCCUUGAACUCAUCUGCCUAGUGGGGGCGCUGCUGAGCCUGAGUGCCGUGCUGCUGAAAACCCUGAGAAACAGCCUAGUGUACCUUUGCCUAUGGGCUCUCUAUUUGUCACUGUACCAGGUCAGUCUUCUCUCUCUGUUCUCUAGGUGGGACAGACUGCUGUUGGAGACAGGAUUUCUGGCCAUUUUGGUGGCUCCAUUAUUGCGGAGUGUCUCCUCUCCGAGUCACCAUGAUGCGAUGACCUUUUGGUUGACCCGAUGGCUGUUUUUUAGACUGAUCUUUGGAAGUGGAGUAUCUAAGCUGUCCAAAGGUGAUACCUCCUGGUGGGAGCUCACAGCAUUAACACAUUACUUUGAGGAUCAGGCAAGCCCCACUCCUUUGGCCUGGUAUGCUUACCAGCUCCCUUAUUGGCUGCUGAAGCUAUGCACCAUUGCUGUGUUGGAAGCAGAGAUUAUUAUUCCCCUACUGAUGUUCUUUUCUCCCAUUCGCUGCCUGAGAUUGACUGGGUUUUACAUCCAGAUAUUUCUCCAGCUGUGUCAGAUGCUCCUGGGGAACUGGAGUCUGCUGAACCUGCUGACUAUUGCUCUGAGCUUCUCAUUGUUGGACGAUGAGAAAGUCAGGUCCUGGCCGAGCCCCCAGAAAAAGAAGAAAACAAAGACCUGGAGUCAGACAUUUGUCUGGCUCAUUGCUUUGCUCAUAGAGCUAGCUGUCGGCCUCUUGAUUCUGUACAGUGCUAAAUGGCUCUUUGGGCUUCAUAUUAACUGGGAACAGAAGACUGUGUCCUCCAAAACUAACUUCAAUGAGAAGGAUUUUGAGUGGUUUUUAAGGACAAUUACAGUGCCCAGUAUUUGGAUUGGAGUGCUCUCUCUCACCUGGGAGGUGGUGAUCGCACUGCUGGGGUGUUUCUGUGAACGAGGCUUCUUCUCCAAGCUCUUGGCACUUGUUCAGUGGGCUGUCUUCACUGUUGCUGUGGCAGGCAUGUUUGCACUUAGUUUGGUGCCAUAUACUGCCACAAACUCUGACACAGUCAGUAAUAUUUUACCGGAGCUGAGAAAGGCACACAGUAUGAUGGAGAGGUACCAGUUGGUCCAUGCGUAUGACAUCAGUCAGAAAAGAAGUGAGGUUGAUGGUCGACCAGACGUCAUUUUGCAGGGCAGCAAGGAUGGGAAAUCAUGGAUGGAGAUCCAGUUCAUGUAUAAGCCAGAUAGCCUGAGCUCAGCUCCACCCGUGCUUAUGCUUCAUCAGCCGCGACUGGACUGGCACAUAUGGCAGUUGAGUAGUUCAUCCCACAAUGAGAGUCCUUGGUUCACAAGCCUAAUACUGCGGCUGCUACAGGGCAAGCCAGAGGUGGUAAAUCUAAUUCAGGUGGAUGAGGGCCAGUACCCUUUCAGUAAGGAACCUCCAGCCUUCAUCAGAGCCCAGCUCUACAACUACCACUUUACAAAGUCUGAGGGCGAUGGGUCCCAGUUACAGAAGUGGUGGAAGAGGCAGUAUGUAAGGGAUUUCUAUCCCACUGUGAACAUUAAUGACCAAGCAAUGAAGAGCAUGCUAAGUCAGCUUGGACCAAAGGGGGAUGUCCACAUCCAGCCUAGUAUAGAGUCCCUUUUAUCCCAGGCCCUGGUGCUGGUUAGGGACCACAUAAAAGGCCUCCCGGGGCACCUGGUACUGAUUAGCCUCUUUGCCACAGUAGCUUGCCUCUGUCUCCUCAAGUUACUCCUGUUCAGGCCUUCUGUAAGCCAGAAAAUGGAGCCAAGGAGUAAGAAGCCCAAAGAUGCUGCUGGGACCUCACAGAAAAGCGCAGCAUCGUCCAGUCGGGGAGGCAGGAAGGAGAACAAAGAGGAGAAGGGUCAGGACUCAGACAGAAGUCCCCGCAAGAGGAAGUGA